AUGGCUUCCUACGGUUCUCCCACUGAAAAAACUAAUGUAAUAGAAGCGGAGAUUGCCAAUGCUUCUGACCGAAGCGGGAAAGUUGAGAUUGACGAUGUAAAUGGCAUCAGGGCGGUUUCAAGCGCUACUCUAGAGUCUUUCUCUCAUCUGGAUGAGAAGAAGAUUCUUCGCAAAAUGGAUCUUCGGUUAAUCCCCAUGCUUGCGAUUCUCUAUCUUCUCUCCUUCUUAGACCGAGGAAAUAUUGGCAAUGCAAAAAUUGAGGGCCUCCAAGAGGAUCUCAGUAUGUCACCUGACCAAUACAACUGGUGCCUUACUGUUUUCUUCUUCACCUAUGCAGCUUUUGAGGUUCCCUCCAAUUUGCUUCUCAAGAGGCUCCGUCCCAGCGUCUGGCUUCCCACUAUCAUGGUUGCUUGGGGUACAGUGAUGACUCUAAUGGGCAUCGUACGAAACUACCACGGUCUUCUCAUCGCACGCAUUUUCUUAGGUGUCACUGAGGCGGGUCUGUUUCCAGGUGUUGCCUACUAUCUAACCAUGUGGUAUUGUCGCCAUGAGAUCCAGUUUCGCCAAGCUUUGUUCUUCUCCGCAGCCUCAAUCGCCGGUGCUUUUAGCGGCCUCUUAGCCUUUGCUAUUGCCAAGAUGGAUGGAACUGCUGGGCUAGAGGGGUGGCGCUGGAUCUUCAUCCUCGAAGGAAUUGCGACAGUUGCGGUGGCGGUGCUGGCCUUCUUCAUCCUACAAGAUUUCCCAGAGACGGCUACAUUCCUCACUGAAGAGGAGAGAGCUUUUGUGGUGCUCCGUCUAAAGUAUCAAGCCCAAGCGGGAAAACUCGACACAGAUCAGGUGCAGGUUGCCCAGGCCGAAGAGUUCAGGUGGAAGUAUGUCUGGAGCGCCUUUAAAGACUGGCAGAUUUGGGUCAGCAUCAUUGUUUAUUGGGGUAUCGUUUGUCCCCUGUACGGAAUCAGCCUCUUUCUUCCCACCAUCAUCAAAAAUUUAGGAUACACUUCGAACAAAGCGCAGCUCAUGACGGUCCCUAUCUACAUCACAGCCGCUAUCCUAGCUGUUGUCGUGGCAUAUGUUUCAGAUCGCGUUGGAAAGCGAAGCCCCUUUAUCAUUACUCUUCUGUGUAUCUCAUCUAGCAAUCCCAAGGUAGUCUAUGGCGGUGUUUUUAUUACGGCCUGUGCCAUUUAUCCAGCUUUUCCUGGUGUCAUCUCUUGGCUUGCAAACAACUUGGCCGGCAGCUACAAGAGGAGUGCCGGUAUGGCAAUUCAGAUUGGUAUCGGAAAUCUUGGCGGGGCCAUGGCAGCCAAUUUCUACCGACAAAAGGACGGCCCUCGAUAUAUCCUUGGCCACGCAUUGGAGCUUGGAUUCAUUAGCGCUGGAAUCGUCGCCGCCCUCAUUUUAGUUUUUGCAUACAUGCAAAUCAACAAAAGGCGGGAAGCCAAGGUGGCCCAGGGCGAGAUGAAUCAAUACACUGUUGAGCAACUGUCCGGUAAAGGUGACAAGGCGCUAACUUGGAGAUAUAUGUUGUGA